AUGGCGGAACAUCCACAUUUACAAUCGUUUCGACAAACAACACCAUUUCUACCUGUUCCUCAUCACCACGAUAUAGCAGACCACGAUCAGCAUCAUGAAGCCAGAACAACAGAAGACUCUCAGUUAGUGUGUCGUUGGAACCAAUGUCUCAAGGUCUUUUCCAAUCAUACGACACUCGCUGACCAUCUGUCUGAAGAUCACAUCGGUUGGAAAAAGGGAGGCUACUCUUGCGACUGGGACAAUUGCUCUAGACAGGGAGCUAAAUGUCACAAUAGAUUUGCCCUGAUCAUGCAUUUGAGGAUACACACAGGAGAAAAGCCAUUUGAAUGCAAAGCACCCGAUUGUGGACAAACGUUUGGUAGAAUGGAUGCCUUGACGAGACACAAAAAAGCAGAGCAUGGAGAAGGCGUUACAAAGAAACUCAUCAAGCCAGCACAUUCAGCCAAUAUCAUACCUCUUUUAAAUACUCCCACUGCCGCAUCUGCUGCCGCAACAACAAUCUCCUCUAACCAUACUCCAUCAUCAUCGCUAUCGACCAUACCACCACUCAACAACAAGCAGAAAAAGACCAACGAUGGCAACAUCAAUACAAACAACAAGCGAAUGGCGACACCCUCACUAGAUAUGUUGUCCAAAAAUAAGCGGCAUAAGGUGCAGGAUGAAUGGUACUCAAAGCACCAAGACAUCAAGUUAUCCGAACAAGCAUCCAACGUGGCCACAGCCCCCACAAGUACAUUGAAAAAAGAUUUAAACCGGGGAACCGCAUACAGCCAAUAUCGACUUGCCAAAGCACAACUUGCCUACAUACUACGGGAGAAUGAGAUGCUUCAAGACGAAUACGAAAUCACACAAAAGAAACUGAAGAGAAUGAAGACAGAAAGAAGAGUUUUAUUAGAUGCACUUAUGAACAGAGAAAUGGAGCAGCAAGACGAAGAAGUGGAGGUGGUUGAUGAGGAGGAGGAGGAGGAGGAGGAUAUACAAGAGGAUCUGUUGUCUCAUAUCAAAGCAGCAUAA